AACCGCAGCUGAGGCAGCAAUCAAUGCUGCUGCCGUCACCCGGCCGUAGUGCAUCACUCUGAGCCCACCCGCCGUGGUGCCUCCUUAAUUCCCGAGGAGCUCUGGGAGCCCUGAGGGGCGAAGCGAUCGGGACGCCUCUCUUAAGAGGCGACGUCGCAGCCCCGGAUGCGGCCAGAGGGCGCGGGAAUGGAGCUUGGCCGCUGCGAGGAGGGCUUGCCGGAGGAGAGCAGGAGGGAGCACUGGCAGUUGCUGGGUAAUUUGAAGACUACUGUGGAGGGUUUAGUGUCAGCCAACAGCCCCAAUGUCUGGUCCAAGUAUGGUGGCCUGGAGCGGCUUUGCAGAGACAUGCAGAGCAUCCUCUAUCAUGGGCUCAUCCAUGACCAGGUGUGUUGCCGCCAGACUGAUUACUGGCAGUUUGUGAAAGACAUUCGCUGGCUCAGUCCCCACUCAGCCCUUCAUGUGGAGAAGUUUAUCAACUUGCAUGAGAACGGCCAGAGCAGCCCGGAUGGCGUGAGUGAGCGUGCCGUGGCUGAGCUGUGGCUGCAGCACAGCCUGCAGUGCCACUGCCUCUCAGCCCAGCUCCGACCUCUGCUGGGGGACAGACAGUACAUCAGAAAAUUCUACACAGAUACUGCUUUCCUGCUAAGUGACGCCCACGUCACGGCCAUGCUUCAGUGCCUGGAAGCAGUGGAACAGAACAACCCUCGCCUGCUGGCUCAGAUUGAUGCUUCUAUGUUUGCCAGAAAGCAUGAGAGCCCACUCCUGGUGACAAAGAGCCAGAGCCUGACAGCUCUGCCUGGUUCCGCAUACACCCCUUCAACCAACAGUGCUCAGCAUUCCUACUUUGGGUCCUUCUCCAGUCUCCACCACCUCCCCCACCACAGCUUAGAAAGAAGAUCUACUUCCUUUUCACUCUCUGGCCCACCCCGAAAACCUCAAGAAACCAGAGGGCAUGUCUCAGCAGCAGAGGAUCAAACUGUCCUAGACCCUCUGCUUCCAAUCACUGCAUUAGCCAAGGACUCCCCCACGACCCCCAAUGAGAUGAGCUCCAGCACUCUGACCAGCCCCUUGGAAGCAUCCUGGGUCAGCAGCCAGAAUGACUCCCCGAGUGAUGCCAGCGAGGGGCCUGAGUACCUGGCCAUCGGCAACCAGGACCCCCGGGGCCGGACCGCCAGCUGUCAGAGUCACAGCAGCAAUACCGACAGCAGCAGCUCCAAUUUGUUCUCCUCCAGCAGCUCCCAGAAGCCAGAGUCUGCUGCUGCUUCUCUAGGGGACCAGGAGGGAGGUGGGCAGAGCCAGUUGUCCAGUAUCCUUCGCAGAUCUAGCUUCUCAGAGGGGCAAACGCUCACUGUCACCGGAGGAACAAAGAAGAGCCAUACUCGCUCCCAUUCGGACACCAACAUUGCCUCCAGAGGAGGCCCAGGAGGCCCCAGGAAUAUCACCAUUAUAGUUGAAGAUCCCAUUGCAGAAUCCUGCAGUGAUAAGUCGAAGUUGAGAGGCCCCUUGUCCUACUCUGGUCAAAGCAGUGAAGUCAGCACACGCAGCUCUCUGUACAUGGAGUAUGGAGUCCCACCGUCUCAUGCUGAGAAUGCCCACUUUAGCAUAUCAGAGUCUUUGAUCGCUGCCAUCGAGCUGAUGAAGUGCAACAUGAUGAGCCAGUGCCUAGAAGAGGAGGAAGGGGAGGAGGACAGUGACAGGGAGAUCCAGGAACUGAAGCAGAAGAUCCGCCUUCGUCGCCAGCAGAUCCGCACCAAGAACCUGCUCCCCGGGUACCAGGAGAUGGAGCAUGGAAGCUUUCGGCUCACUUCCAGCAGCUCCCAGUUCAGUUCACGUGAUUCAGCACAGUUCUCUGACUCUGGCUCUGCUGAUGAUGAGGUUGAUGAAUUUGAAAUCCAAGAUGCUGACAUCAGAAGGAGCACGCCCUCCCACAGCAAAUCCUUCAUUUCCUCUCAGUCCUUCUCUCACUGCCUCCUGCACUCCACGUCUGCUGAGGCUGUGGCCAUGGGGCUCCUGAAGCAGUUUGAGGGGAUGCAGCUCCCCGCCGCCUCGGAGCUGGAGUGGCUUGUUCCAGAGCACGAUGCCCCUCAGAAGCUCCUGCCCAUCCCUGACUCACUGCCCAUCUCCCCAGAUGACGGGCAGCACGCUGACAUCUACAAGCUGCGUAUCCGCGUGCGCGGCAACCUGGAGUGGGCGCCACCCCGGCCACAGAUAAUUUUUAAUGUUCAUCCAGCCCCAACGAGGAAAAUCGCUGUGGCCAAGCAGAAUUACCGCUGCGCAGGCUGCGGCAUUCGGACUGAUCCUGAUUACAUCAAGCGGCUACGGUACUGUGAGUACUUGGGCAAGUACUUCUGUCAGUGCUGCCACGAGAAUGCCCAGAUGGUUAUCCCCAGCCGCAUUCUGCGCAAGUGGGAUUUCAGCAAGUACUACGUCAGCAAUUUCUCCAAGGACCUGCUCAUUAAGAUCUGGAAUGACCCUCUCUUCAAUGUGCAGGACAUCAACAGUGCCCUCUAUAGGAAGGUCAAGCUGCUCAAUCACGUCCGGUUGCUGCGAAUCCAGCUCUAUCACAUGAAGAACAUGUUCAAGACCUGCCGACUGGCCAAAGAGCUUCUGGAUGCCUUUGACACCGUUCCAGGCCACCUGACGGAGGAUCUCCACCUGUACUCGUUGAAUGACCUGACUGCCACCAGGAAGGGGGAGCUGGGGCCCCGGCUUGCUGAGCUCACCAGGGCGGGGGCUGCCCAUGUAGAGCGAUGUGUGCUCUGCCAAGCCAAGGGCUUCAUCUGUGAGUUCUGCCAGAAUGAGGAUGACAUCAUCUUCCCCUUUGAGCUCCACAAGUGCCGGAUCUGUGAAGAGUGUAAAGCGUGCUACCAUAAAACUUGCUUCAAGUCUGGGAGCUGUCCCCGCUGUGAGCGGCUGCAGGCCCGGAGGGAGCUGCUGGCCAAGCAGAGCCUGGAGUCCUACAUGUCAGACUAUGAGGAGGAACCCACUGAGGCCUUGGCCCUGGAGGCCACCGACCUGGAGACCACCUGAGAAAGCACCAAACGUGCUCUUUCUAGGGACGAGGGUCACAUAGUGCGGAACUGAGCCACCCUCCUAAGGACUUUCCCCACUUGGUUUUAUUUUUUUUUUAACUAUUAUCUUCAUUAUUAAUUUUUAUGACCUGUCUAAUGUCCAUAUAUUCAACCUUACAUAGGUUGGUGGGGUCCAGUCUAUUGUGACAAUUUGCAGGUACCAAGCAUUUCCAUCAGAACUGACACAUGGGUCCCUAAGUGAAGCUUCCAGUGCCUCUGUUAGGGGAGUGGACAGUGAGACCCAGUUCUUUCGAUACCCAUGGCCUUCUCCACUUGGACCAGAUCUGGUUUCAGCUGCAUCUCAAGAAUCAUUUCCAGUUUUAUUUUGCUUUAAUUUUGGAGCUUCUGAGCCAGGCCUUUCUCAGCGAACUCACUUCUCCUUUGCUGCUGAAACAGGAGGGUGGAGUUUUCUCUCUUCCAGUCCUGGAACAGGGUCAGACCCUGAGGAGAAGCAUCAGAGAAUGGGACUGCGUCAUGGGCAUUCUUAUGUAGGUGCUUCUGAGGCCAUAAAAACAGUGUUACUGCUACCUUGGACUCUUCAGACACCUCAAAGAGGCGGUCAUAACUUUCUUGUAUUGUAAGAGGCAGUCAUAACUUUCUUGUAUUGUAGGCAUAGAUGAUAUCACAGGCUGACUUUCUCUAUCUACCCUGGGAGACUUGACACCAAGACCAGAAUUGAUGCUUAGACCAGGACUAUUUCAAGCAUAAGUGAGGCCACAACUGUUGUAUAAGGAGCAUUUGUUCAGGCAGAGGAGCUGUUGGCUUCCUCUUGGGUGAUAAGGUCCCUUUUAGCCAACAUAGCUCUGGUGCAGGUUUGACCUUUCAAGCUCAGACAAGUCCCUGGUGCCAUCUUAAAUUGAGGACAGAAGCCCCAUCCAGCAUCUCAUCCGUGGGUCUCUUGCCACUGUGUCCUCUGUUAGGAGGUCACUGCAGUUCUGAGCAGAAGCCUGGCCCAACUCUGUGCUCUUCCUUCCCUCCUGCAGUGGGGCUGGGACCCUCCCCAGUGGCUCCUGGCUUAGUUUCUUACGUCAAAGUUGAGGUGAAAGCUUCCUGCUAUUAGUGGUGUUAAAAGACUUGAUAGUUUGUGGCUGUGAGCAUGAAUGUUCCUGUGUUCUUAUGAUAACAAGAACCUUUAUGCCAAUUAUGCACUUAACUCUUUAGCCUGGUGAUGGUAGUAUAUGCAGUCAUCCUUAUUACUAAUUUUAACACACAACCACACCCUUUUUUAAUGUGUGUUUUGAUGGGAAAAGUUUUUGAAGGGACCAUAUAUAUGUUUGUGGUAUUCUUUAAGUUGCUGUAGCUCCUGACCUGUAUGUAAGGCACUGGUCAGGGUCACAGCUCCAAGGGUCGGCAGCUCUGUGAACUAAAGCCCACAGCAUUUUAGUUCUGGGACUGACUUCUUCCUGGGUACCUGUCUUUCCAUAGUUGGUUGCUAGUAGGAAAAAAAAACCUGCUGUGGGCGCUGCCCCAGGAAGCUGAACAGAAAGUUGCACGUGGUUGGUGGAAGCUGCUGUGUGUCUGAGUUGGAGGCAACCAGGAAUGUCACUGGAAGUAGUAGGGGCAAUAAAGUAAGAGAGCUGAGGCUCCACCAGGACAGGAGGGAGUGGGAAGAAGCUGAUGUCUGGCGUUCGUCCCUCUGCCUCAGACUUGGGAUCUGAAGGCCACGUCAGGCUGGAAGACCCUGAGGCUGUUCUCCCUUCAGUUCAUGGCAGGGGCAAAGGGGCUGUGAAAGCCAAGGCCUCCAGCCCAGCCCAGUGUUGAAGGGCAGACUAGAAAUUCCCUGGUCCAUCAAGGAGCUUCGGAGUGACCUUGUGAAACUCUAGUCUCGCUGAGAAUUAGGCCUCAGAUUCAGACUAAGGUGUUUGUGAAGAUGGUGAGCUCUACUUCCAGUUCUGGUUUAAAUAAAAAAUCCAGCUCCUUACUCCAAGUCACUACACUGGAGGAGAGAUGUCCUCUCGUUACUGUCGUAUGUGUUUCAUGUAGCAUAGGAUGAAAGGAUGGAAGAUGCUGACACUUUCUAAAGCUGAGCUCAGCAAUCUCACGUGCUCCUGGGUUUUCACUUUUUUUUUUCCUCCAGCUCCCCAACCCCAUCCCUCUAAGUUGCCUAUCUGUUUUAGUGACCCUGACAUUGCUCUCCUCACUGUCCAGAUACCCAUUUAUUUAUUUAUUUGAGAGUUGGGGGAGAGAGGAAAGAGGAUGGGGUGUUUUGAAAGCACUUUGCAACAUAUCAGUAUCUGAAAAUCCCCGCUGUUGUGGGGAGAAGCUUUGAAUGCACUGCAGAGAGUUCCUUCUGAGAGAAAUAGGAGGGAAGACGUGUUCUUUUCUAUAAAUAAAGGGAAAAAAAGUUUGCUUGCAAGGUGGAGACAAGAUUCAAGGCAUAGCAGAAGAGUGGAAGGCAGAUAUUUUCCACUUAAAUGAGGCUGUUAUUAAUUCUCUCUACCAAGGCUUUAGCGCUUUUGUUGAAUUCACAUAAAAGGAGCAAGAGUCUAAAUAGAGAUGUGCUCAUGUGUGUACAACUCGUGUUCCAAACUGAGUUUCUACUUGCUGUAAUUCAUACACAGCCUAACAUUUCAUUGUCAUCUUUAAUAAACUAAGGAAAUGAAA